AUGGAGCUGGUAACGUGGGAGGACCAAGUGAAUGGCGGUGAGAUGGAAUCGUUUAGGGAGCUAAGCACGAGGAAAGAAGAGUCCAUAAGGAGUCGAAGUGAUAGGAGCGAAGGAGCCGAGGCGUAUGGAAACACCCUAUGGAAUAUCUCCUCUAUGAACAGUGAAAAUAAAAAAUAUUUCCUUCAGAACUACGUGGAGAAGAUCAAGCGAAUUAGCCAAUACAGCGUGAAGCCAAUGUACUAUGACAUCCUCAGCGUCAGGAGCAACGCCGAUGGAAAAACCAUAAGGAGGAGUUACCUCCAACUGUCCAAGCUGUUCAGUGUCCACAAAAAAUUAUCAAGGGAACAUGAGGAAUGUUAUCACUGCAUUCAGAAGGCUUACCAAAUGUUGAACGACAAAUUUGAAAAAUUCUACUAUGAUGUACUAAAUGGAUACAUUCACGAAUCCACCAUCGAAGAAUGUAGGAGGCAGUUGCAGAUGGAAGCAGAAGUCAUAUACAGAAAUAAAAUCAACGAAGUAAAAAGUAUCUAUUUGGAAAAACUCCAAAAAGAGGAGAGAAAAAACGGAUUAAUUAUAGAGAAGGCUUUAUUUGGAAAUUUAACAUUAAAAGAAGAGCAUAUAAAUAACUGCCUAAAUAUGGACGUUAUAACAGAGAAUGAUUUAGAAGGUCCUUUUCUCGACCUUACAACAAUUUUGCAAGCUCGUAUUGAAAAUAGUUCUUUUAUGUUCAAUGAUGAAUUUUCCUUUGCUCAUUUCUGUGGUAUUCCCAAACCCUUGAUUAAAAUUCCCUGUAGGAAGGAUGUGUCCUAUGCUGAUAUUUUACAGAGCACAGAAAUGUACUUAUAUAUAAAGUAUAAGUUUUUAAAUACAGACCAUGAGCUGAUUGUGGUGGACAGAUCAAGAUUCACUCUACCACAGAGUACCCAUCGAAUUUUUGGGAACCGUAUUUGUGGACCCUUUUCCCCGGUCAACGUGAUUAAAAUGAAGCACUUGUCCAAUUCGCUCUUGGAUACGAUUUUCCACUUUUUCUCCAAGAAUAAAUUUUACAUCACUCUGUUAACUACUAUUCUUCUCUGCGCGCAGUCGGUGAAAUCGGCCUAG